AAUCCGCAAAGCAUUGUGGGUAAUAUGCCUCGGCUGAGGAGUCGUGGAUGCUGGGCGUGCUCAACAUAAGUGUGGAACAAGGGCGCAGAAGAUACGAGGCGAUAGAGCACUUUUGAGAGUUGGGGCAAAGUCGUAGCUUCUGCGUGAACGCAUAAGUGAAGGGCACAAGGUUGGAUCUGUGGGUACUUGGAUUCGGCCUUUCAAGUUUUGACUCUGAGUCUCUUCGAGCUGUUAAUUAUGGAGCCAUCAAGGCAAACAUGCCCCCCAGACUCUAUUUGCCAGGAUGUGAACCCUGUAUUUUUUCAACAACUUCGGGAUCUGGAUAUUCCAGAAGAGGCAGCUGAACAGGCACUUCUGCAUACUGGGAAUGUGUCUGCUGAGGAGGCGGCCAUGUACUACUUCAACAAACUGGAGAAUGAGGAGGCCGAUCGGGACCUAAUGUACAAAAUGGUGUUUGUGGUCAACAUGGACCUUGCUAUGGGGGUUGGAAAGAUCGCGGCUCAGGUUGGACAUGCUGCUGUGGGCUUGUACCAGGCUCUGCAGGAUAAAAACAGCUGGAGGGAGAUGGCCUGGAAGUGGGACCAUAGUGGAGCCAAGAAGAUUGUGGUUCGGGGUACCAGUGUGGCUCAUCUUUUAGAGCUUCAGGCCCAGGCCUUGAGUCUCAAUUUGCCCACUUACCUGGUCCAGGAUGCUGGGCUUACUCAUGUGGCAUCUGGUUCCCGAACUGUCCUGGCUGUCAUGGGUGAGGAGGACAUUGUGAACAAUGUCACUGGCAGUCUGAAGCUGCUUUGAUGGGCUCAAGACCACGUCAGGAAGUAAAGCAUCUGCGAUGCUCGAAAGGAUCAAGUUGAGCGCCCCAUUUAAGAAGCAAGUGUGUAACCUUUAAACACAAACAAGCAGAGUCCCCUGAUGUUUGUUUCAUUGAACUCUGUGCAGGUAUAUGGCUUGCUUUGCUGAGCAUUGUGAUCUGAAGAUAGGAAGGAUUACUUCCUUAACAGUUAACUGUGCUCAAGGUUUUCAGUUUUUGUUUUGCAAGUGUUACUCCCAUUCCAAAUAAUGAAAACUAUCACUAUUUGAUUGGGCUUUAAGUUUAAAUCGAUUUCGUAAUUUUGGUUCUUCCCAGCUAUUUUUCCCAGCGUGGUUAUAUUUUGUAUUCCUCUUAUGGUAAUAUGUCCAAUUACUGUUUUAUUUUGUAAUAUGCAUAUUAAGUUUGCCAAUUAAAGAAAAUGUUUUCGUCAUC